AUGCGAGAACUGUUAGAACUUCCAGAAGUUAAUGAAAUCAUUGGAAAUAACCUCUUAAGGGAACAUUUGGUUAAGCUCUUUGUUUCAACAGGUAAAAAAGGACAAAUGAGGGAGCACAGCCAGGGUAGACAGAAUGAAAGCAGAGUGUUGGAUUUUAUCCUCCUUGGCUUCCCCGGGUCUCUGUAUUUACAAAUGUUCAUCUUUACACUCUUUUUAUUUAUGUAUAUCCUGACCAUAAUGGGAAAUUUGGCCAUCUUUAUUCUAGUGAUAACAAACCGCCGCCUCCACAUUCCCAUGUAUUUCUUCCUUUGCAAUCUCUCGUUCUUGGAGAUAUGGUACACCACAUCCUCUAUUCCUAAGACCCUUGCCAUCAUUCUGGGGAGGAGUAGAAGCAUUUCUUUCACUGGCUGUAUCCUACAGAUGUACUUUGUUUUCGCCUUCGGUUGCACAGAAUAUUUCCUGCUAUCUGCGAUGGCUUAUGACCGAUAUUUGGCCAUAUGUUACCCUUUGCACUACAGUACCAUAAUGGACCUCAGCCUCUCUGGUAAACUGGCAUUUAGCUCUUGGCUGUGUGGAUUCCUUGUGAUUUGCAUACCAGCUUUUCUCAUCACAAGACUGUCCUUCUGUGGGCCCAAUGUGAUCAACCACUUCUACUGCAACAUUGAUUCCUGGAUAGUUCUCUCUUGUACUGACACAUAUGCCAUUGAGAUGGCAGCUUUUGUGAUAUCGAUCAUUGUUAUCUUGGGCUCAUGCUUGAUAACCUUUCUUUCUUACAUAUAUAUAAUUUCCACCAUUCUGCGCAUCCCUUCCACCACAGGGCAGCAGAAGGCUUUUUCAACAUGCUCUUCCCAUCUUGCUGUAGUGAUGAUAUGGUAUGGAUCCACUAUCUUUCUGUUUGUCAAGCCUUCUAAAAGGACAUCUUUAGAGAUGACCAAAAUUGUGAACAUUCUGAACACUAUUGUGACUCCCUUGCUGAAUCCUUUCAUCUACACACUAAGAAACAAAGAUGUGAAGGAAGCCUUGAGAAAUUGCUUCCACUUGAGAUGA